AUGAAUCUGAUCUUUAUUGAAGCAGUUCAACAUCAUCGCGAUAUAUCACAACUGGCUGUGCACAUUGAGGAACGCUACCGCAACCAUCCGGACAUGUACUCCACAAGUCAGGUGACGUGCUUGCGAAGCUUCUCAACUCAGACUCAUAUCAAGAUUGGCGUUGUUGCUGGCGUCAACUUAAGGCCCUGA